AUGUUGUAUGAACUAAUUGCUGUUGUCCGUCCAGGCAGCCUCAACGAGGUCCGGGAGAUCGCUCGUAAUGCUGGCAUUCAAGUCCUCCGAUCAGGCGGCGUAGUCCGCGGAUACACAAACUGGGGCACGUUCCGACUGCCCAAACCCACCACCAAACAUCAAGCUCGGUACACCGACGGCCAUCACUUCAUCAUGCGCUUCGAUGCUUCAGGCGCUGUUCAGUCCGCCGUCCGCAGAACACUCAGUCUCGACCCGCGGAUGAUCCGAUUCUCAGUCGUGAAGUUGGGCGACAAGCUUGAGGAGAUCAAGGACGUAGAGGGAAAGGUUGAAUGGACCAACGCUCGCAAGCUCGCCGAUUCCAUUUGAAUGUAUCACUAUCAUGGACUGUCGAGAUGGGGCAGGGGUUGACGUGACCUGCAUUGGUUUUUCUGAAAUUUCGAUUGCUGGCAUUGCGAUAUCAUUGUAUCAUUUAUGGGACUGGGACUAUCUGUACUAUCAUACCAACAUUGCAGGCGCAUAGAGAGUGAAUACUUUUUCGACUUGGAACUCCUUUUCUCAUUUUUGAUUCAGCUUGAGCACUUUGUUCAUUGUAGUUCCUUCACGUGACCAGCAUAACUCCGAUCAAUAGCACACCUGUACCCAGCUUUCAAUAUGUACAAUGGAC